AGCCGGUCGGGUCCUGAUUCAGAAACAUUGACUGGUGGUAGUGAUAAGUGGUAACCUAGCACCAGCAGACUCAAAGUAAAAUGUCGGGGUUUUGUAAAUCGUCAAUGAAAUGACUGGUUUGUGAUCGCAAUGGGUCGAAAAAUGGAAUGGGCAGGAAAAGAGAAGCACAUGGGAGGAAUUCCAAGGAAGAUGGCAGUUAUGGCGGUCGGAGCAUUCGCCAAAUUAGUAGCUAAUGUUCUCAACACUACUUGCGUCCGCAAUGCCGACACGCUCCUCCAUCUAGUUCGAUCUCGACCCUCUGGGGUACCGCUCAUCACUGUUAGCAAUCACAUGUCCACGUUGGAUGAUCCUGUAAUGUGGGGAUUCAAAGGUUUUCCCACCUGCGACCCGAAUUUGGCUCGGUGGGUACUUGCUGCUGAAGACAUUUGUUUCAAAAAUCCUAUUUUUUCUUAUAUUUUCCGCCUCGGGAAAUGUAUUCCCAUUACUAGGGGUGGUGGAAUUUAUCAAGAUCACAUGAAUGAAGCUCUUGAACACUUAGGCAAUGGAGCAUGGUUGCAUACAUUUCCUGAAGGAAAAGUGUCCCAAGAAGAUGCACCGAUAAGAAGAUUAAAAUGGGGAACUGCUAGUCUCAUUGUUCGUGCUCCAGUAACUCCAAUAAUCUUGCCAAUUGUACAUAGAGGGUUUGAAGAGGUAAUGCCCGAGAAGUAUUGGUUUGGAAGAAGGCCUCCUUUUCCUCUAUUUAAUAAGAGGAUUAAGGUAGUUGUUGGGGAGCCCAUAGAAUUAGAGCUUCCCAAAAUGAGGGAAUUGGCAAUAACUAAGUCUCGUAAUUUGACUUUUCCUACAAAAGGAUGGCCUGAGAUUAGGCAUUAUGGACUGGAUGAAGCAGCGCAAAGAUAUUUAUACAUGUCUAUUUCAGAGAAAAUUCAAAUAGUGAUGGAAAGGUUACGAUGUUCUGUAGAGUAAACUGUAGCUUAAAAUAUGCGGUGAUUUCAGACUCGCGCCUCAACCAAGGUGCGACAAAUAAACGGUAUUCACUCAUCUCGUAUUUGAGUAUUCUUUAUUCAUGUAUUUCAUCUUGAGUUUCAACUUGAACUGUACUAUGUUAUUAAGGAAAAUAAAUGAUAUUACAAGUAAAUUAUGCAAA